UACUCAGGUGCGCCGCGCACCUGUCCGCCCGCACCUGCCCGCUCACUGCCCAGCAACCUUUCCUGCGCAGCGAAUCCCUGGACCGAUAGGCCUAAUACUUUCUGGGAACCGCACCCAAACGGCCCCUCUACCUUUUGUUUGGUAGGGUUCGUUGAGAGCGCAGGAGAGAACCGCCUGACCUUCGGGGACUGCUUUUGUCUGAAACCAGAUCUUCGGGCAUAGCCUGUUCCCUCUGCUGAGACCGUCACUCCACCCGAGGGGUCGAUUUGUGUUUACUUCGGGUGACAAGAAGAUUUGAAGUCAUCCGGUCAAAAACAUUUUUGCUUCUUUGGGUGACUUAAAACACCACCCCAAGUUGUCUUGUUGGGUUGACCCCCGGAUUCGGUUUGUCUCGUAGGGUCGCCAGUCCGGCGUCCCGUAUUUUUUGAGGGCGGAAAUGGCCAAUUCAGGCCUGCAGUUGUUGGGCUUUUCCAUGGCAAUGCUGGGUUGGGUGGGCCUGGUGGCAAGCACCGCCAUCCCGCAAUGGCAGAUGAGUUCGUACGCAGGCGACAACAUUAUCACGGCCCAGGCCAUGUACAAGGGGCUGUGGAUGGAUUGCGUUACACAAAGCACCGGCAUGAUGAGCUGCAAAAUGUACGACUCGGUGCUUGCUCUGCCGGCGGCCAUGCAGGCCACUCGAGCCCUCAUGGUGUUAUCCUUGGUGCUGGGCUUCCUCGCUAUGUUUGUGGCCACGAUGGGUAUGAAGUGCACACGCUGUGGGGGAGACGAUAAAGUAAAAAAGGCCCGUAUAGCUAUGACUGGAGGCAUCAUUUUCAUCGUAGCAGGUCUUGCAGCCUUGGUAGCAUGCUCCUGGUAUGGUCAUCAGAUUGUCACAGACUUUUAUAACCCCACCGUCCCUGUGAAUUUUAAGUAUGAGUUUGGUUCUGCCAUCUUUAUUGGCUGGGCAGGGUCUGCUCUGGUCCUCCUAGGAGGUGCAUUGCUCUCUUGCUCCUGUCCUGGACAGGAGAGCAAAGCUGUGUACCGUGCACCACGCUCCUACCCUAAGUCCAACUCUGCCAAGGAGUAUGUGUGAGGUGGGACUCCCAUGCCCCAGCCUGACAAACUGUGGGCAUGCCCAAAUGACUCAAAGGACCCAGGGCAGAGGAUUCAGCCUGUGGGCAGAGUGCAGGACAAAGGCCUCCUGGUCACUCCAUCCCUGUACACCAUGUACAGUCCUCUGGGGGGGAGGGGGUUGGGUAGGAGACAAAAAGUGGGGAGAGUGUGCUUUUUGUACAGUAAUAAAAAAUACGUUUUGGAAAGUA